CCACGUGGUUCCGACAGUCAAGAUGGCGGGAGCAGCUACCCAGGCUUCCCUGGAGUCGGCCCCACGGAUCAUGCGGCUGGUGGCCGAAUGCAGCCGCUCCAGGGCCCGGGCAGGCGAGCUGUGGCUGCCGCAUGGGACAGUGGCCACUCCUGUGUUCAUGCCAGUGGGCACGCAGGCCACCAUGAAGGGCAUCACGACCGAACAGCUGGACGCUCUGGGUUGCCGCAUCUGCCUGGGCAAUACCUACCAUCUGGGUCUAAGGCCGGGACCCGAGCUGAUCCAGAAAGCCAACGGUCUCCACGGCUUCAUGAAUUGGCCUCAUAAUCUGCUAACGGACAGCGGCGGUUUCCAGAUGGUGUCGCUGGUGUCUCUGUCCGAGGUGACGGAGGAGGGCGUCCGCUUCCGCUCCCCCUACGACGGCAAUGAGACCCUGCUGAGCCCGGAGAAAUCCGUGCAGAUCCAGAAUGCGCUGGCCUUGCUCUGUCAUCCAGGCUGGAGUGCAGUGGCACAAUCUUGGCUCACUGCUACCUCUGUCUCCCAGAUUCAAGCUAUUCUCCUGUCUCUGCCUUCCAAGCAGCUGGGAAUACAGGCUCGGACAUCAUCAUGCAGCUGGACGAUGUGGUUAGCAGUACUGUGACUGGGCCACGUGUGGAGGAGGCCAUGUACAGGUCAAUCCGCUGGCUGGACCGGUGCAUUGCAGCCCAUCAGCGGCCGGACAAGCAGAACCUCUUCGCCAUUAUCCAGGGUGGGCUGGACGCAGAUCUCCGGGCCACCUGCCUUGAAGAGAUGACCAAGCGAGACGUGCCUGGCUUCGCCAUCGGGGGCCUGAGCGGGGGUGAGAGCAAGUCGCAGUUCUGGCGGAUGGUGGCGCUGAGCACCUCUCGGCUGCCGAAGGACAAGCCCCGAUAUCUGAUGGGGGUUGGGUAUGUUGUGGAUAGGGAAGCCAGAGCCCUGUGGGAAGUGGAUUCCUGGGGACCCCCUACCCUGCUUGGGGAGGUGGCAUUUGGGGGAAACGGACACAGGUCUGAUCUGAGGAGACUAGGAAGACAUGGCUGUCCCUUGGGGGCCAUUCUGAGGGAAUAUGGCCCAGUCUGGGGCAGUGUGAGGGUUGGGAGGGGCCCUGGGAAGCCCCUGAGGUUCUCUGCCCCCUCCCGUCAUGGCUGCAACCCCAGCUAUGCCACUGAUCUGGUAGUCUGCGUGGCUCUUGGAUGUGACAUGUUCGACUGCGUCUUCCCCACACGGACAGCGCGCUUUGGCUCUGCCCUGGUGCCCACUGGGAACCUGCAGUUGAGGAAGAAGGUGUUUGAGAAGGACUUCGGCCCCAUAGACCCGGAGUGCACCUGCCCCACGUGCCAAAAGCACAGCCGCGCCUUCCUGCACGCGCUGCUGCACAGUGACAACACGGCCGCGCUGCACCACCUCACGGUCCACAACAUCGCCUACCAGCUGCAGCUCAUGAGCGCCGUCCGCACCAGCAUCGUGGAGAAGCGCUUCCCGGACUUCGUGCGGGACUUCAUGGGCGCCAUGUACGGGGAUCCCACCCUCUGUCCCACCUGGGCCACUGACGCUCUGGCCUCUGUGGGAAUAACACUGGGCUGACCUGGCAUUGGGAGAGGGAGGGAGGAAGGAAGGGAGGGAGGGGCUGGAAGAUACUGAAGGAUUUCUUUUUGGAAGGUUUUUUUUAUUGUAACUUA